UGCUUGUUUUCUGCCUGCCCAGUGCCCAGUGCCCACAUCCCACUUUUUUUAAUAAAAUAACAUCAUUUUUUUUCUUCUUCUUCCUUCUUCCUUCUUCCUUCUCCCCAUAAAUUUGUAAACAACUCACCAUAAUCCAACACACUUUUACACUCUCAACAAUGACAAAUCAAAACUCUGUUACAUGUUUCUUUUCUUUUCGUGUUUCUCACUGAUCAACUUCACUUCAGAAAACCCUCUAUUGCAGGAAAUAAAUACAGAGGUUUUGCACAGAAAUUCAAAAUUCUGGAUUCAUUGAGAAAAAUCUGAAGUGGUCCCUUUGGGUUCCUUGGAAAUUGAGUAAAAUUACUUGAGAUUUGAUGUUGGGAACUUAAAUUUUAGCAUCUGGGUCAAGUGGGUUGAGUUGGGUAUUUAGUUCUGAUCCAAUUUCAGCUGAAAGGGGUGUUCUUGCUUAGUUGUUUUGCUGGGUUUUCUUCAGUCUCAAGCUUCGUCUUUCUGAAAGAUUUUCGACAAAAAAUAUGUCUGGUGCAACACCAAGUCAGGGUUCCAGCAAUUCCGGCCGUACAAAUCACGGUGCUAGGAUUAUUGCUCAAACUAUUGUCGAUGCGAAGCUUCAUGCAGAUUUUGAAGAUUCAAGUACUGAAUUUGAUUACACCAGUUCGGUUCGAGCUACUAGCUCUAGUGGUGGAGGAAAACAACCGCCAAAGUCUGACAAGGUCACCUCAUCUUAUCUCCUUCAAAUACAGAAAGGAAAGUUAAUACAGCCUUUCGGCUGCUUGCUUGCCCUUGAUGAGAAGACUUUUAAGGUGGUUGCUUAUAGUGAGAAUGCCCCUGAUAUGUUAACAAUGGUUAGUCAUGCUGUCCCAAGUGUAGGUGAUUAUCCAGUAAUAGGGAUUGGAACUGAUAUAAGGACUAUAUUCACUGCUCCAAGUGCUUCUGCACUUUACAAGGCAUUAGGGUUUGCAGAUGUUUCUCUUUUAAAUCCUAUCUUAGUUCAUUGCAAGACUUCUGGAAAGCCUUUCUAUGCAAUCAUCCAUAGGGUGACUGGUAGUUUAGUCAUUGAUUUUGAACCAGUAAAGCCGUAUGAAGUUCCAAUGACAGCUGCCGGUGCCCUACAAUCUUACAAGCUUGCAGCCAAAGCAAUAACUCGUUUGCAAUCUUUAUCUAGUGGAAAUCUCAAUAAACUUGUUGAUACUAUGGUUCAGGAGGUGUUUGAGUUAACAGGAUAUGACAGGGUAAUGGCAUAUAAAUUUCAUGAAGAUGAUCACGGUGAGGUUAUCUCUGAGAUUACAAAGCCUGGCCUCGACCCUUACCUAGGAUUGCAUUAUCCUGCAACUGAUAUUCCACAAGCUGCACGGUUCUUAUUCAUGAAGAAUAAGGUCCGCCUGAUAUGUGAUUGCCGUGCAAGAUACGUGCAGGUGAUCCAAGAUGAGAAACUUCCUUUUGAUCUGACUCUAUGUGGCUCGACUCUUAGGGCCCCACAUGGUUGUCAUGCUCAAUACAUGGAGAAUAUGAACUCUAUUGGAUCUUUGGUUAUGGCUGUUGUUGUUAAUGAUGAAGAUGAUGACAACAACGAUGGUGGCUCUGCUCCUCCUCAGACCCAAAAGAGGAAAAGGCUAUGGGGUUUAGUUGUCUGCCAUCACACAUCUCCAAGGUUUGUCCCUUUUCCAUUGCGCUAUGCAUGUGAGUUUCUAGCUCAAGUAUUUGCCAUCCAUGUAAAUAAAGAACUAGAGUUGGAAAACCAGUUCCUCGAGAAGAAAAUCCUCCGUACUCAGACUCUCCUAUGUGAUAUGCUAAUGAGAGAUGUUCCGUUAGGUAUAGUGACACAAAGUCCAAACGUAAUGGACCUUGUUAAAUGUGAUGGAGCUGUCCUUUUAUACAACAAUAAGAUAUGGAAACUUGGAGCCACUCCAACAGAAUACCAAAUAAGAGAUAUAGCUGUGUGGUUGUCCCUUGAUCAUAAGGAUUCCACAGGGUUGAGCACGGAUAGUAUGUAUGAUGCCGGUUACCCGGGUGCACUUUCCCUUGGUGAUUCUGUUUGUGGGAUGGCUGCAGUACGGAUAACUUUGAAAGACAUGAUUUUCUGGUUCCGGUCCCAUACUGCUGGAGAGAUUAAAUGGGGUGGUGCUAAACAUCAUCCGUAUGAGAAAGAUGAUGGAACAAAGAUGCACCCAAGAUCUUCAUUUAAGGCUUUCCUUGAGGUUGUGAAGAAUAGGAGUGUACCUUGGAAGGAUUUCGAGAUGGAUGCAAUCCACUCUUUGCAGCUUAUUCUAAGAAAUGCUUUCAAGGAUAGGGAAGCGUCUGACUUGAAUACAUCUGUCAUACAUUCUAAAAUCAGCGAUCUUAGGAUUGAUGGUAUGCGAGAGCUUGAAGCAGUGACUAGUGAGAUGGUUCGCUUGAUUGAAACAGCUACUGUACCCAUUUUUGCUGUUGAUUCCGAUGGACUUGUCAAUGGAUGGAACACCAAAAUUUCCGAGCUAACAGGUCUUCCAGUUACAGAAGCUGUUGGAAAACAUAUUGCAGCACUUGUUGAAGACUCUUCAAUUGAUAUAGUCAAGAAUGUGUUGCAGUUAGCUCUACAGGGAAAAGAGGAGAAAGAUGUUCAAUUUGAGAUAAAACGACAACAGUCAAUCGUAGACUCAGGUUCCAUCAGUUUAGUUGUGAAUGCUUGUGCAAGCAAAGAUGUGAGUGGAAAUGUUAUCGGGGUGUGCUUCAUUGCUCAAGAUAUAACCGGUCAGAAAACAGUUAUGGACAAGUUCACACGAAUUGAAGGUGAUUACAAAGCAAUAGUACAGAAUCCAAAUCCCUUGAUUCCCCCAAUAUUUGGAACGGAUGAAUUUGGAUGGUGUUCAGAAUGGAAUCCUGCAAUGUCAAAGUUAACAGGGUAUAAACGAGACGAGGUUAUUGAUAAGAUGUUACUUGGGGAAGUUUUCGGAACCCAAAAAUCAUGUUGCCGUCUUAAAAAUCAGGAGGCAUUUGUAAACCUCGGUGUUGUACUCAAUGGAGCUAUGAGUGGGCGAGAUACAGAGAAAGUCCCAAUUGGGUUUUUCACACGUAAUGGGAAGUAUAUUGAAUGCCUGCUUUGUGUGAAUCCUAAGUUGGAUAGAGAAGGUGCAGUCACUGGCGUGUUCUGCUUCUUGCAGCUUGCUAGUCAAGACUUGCAGCAUGCACUCCAUGUUCAACGAUUAGCUGAGCAAGCUGCUUUAAAGAGGCUAAAAGCAUUAGCUUAUAUGAAAAGACAGAUUAGAAACCCUUUGUCUGGGAUUAUGUUCUCUAGGCAGUUGCUUGAGGGUACUCACUUGGGAGAAGAUCAAAGGAUGUUAUUGCAUACAAGUGCUCAAUGCCAACGCCAGCUUAAUAAGAUCCUUGAAGAUUCUGACUUGGAUAACAUAACUGAUGGGUACCUUGAAUUGGAGAUGUUAGAGUUCUCUAUGCAAGAUGUACUGGUUGCCUCAAUAAGUCAGGUGAUGACAAAGAGCAACGAAAAGGGAAUUCAGAUAGAGAACGAGUCUGCAAAAGAUUACAUGGAUGAGACCUUGUAUGGGGAUAGCUUAAGGCUCCAGCAAGUCCUGGCUGAUUUCCUGUUAAUUUCAGUCAAUUUUACACCUGCUGGAGGUCAUAUUGGAAUUAUAGUUCACUUAAACAAGGAUAAGAUAGGAGAAUCCGUUCAACUUGCAAAUUUAGAAUUCAGGAUAUUACAUACAGGCGGAGGGAUACCAGAAGAAUUGUUGGGACAGAUGUUCGAGAGCAACGGAGACGCAACAGAAGAGGGAAUUAGUCUGCAAAUAAGCAGGAAGUUAGUGAAGCUAAUGAAUGGAGAUAUCCAGUAUCUGAGAGCCGCUGGGUCCUCGACUUUCAUCAUCUCUGUUGAACUUGCUGUUGCUAACAGACCAGUGUCUUAAUCGUUAGAGUUGAUAAUGGAGGAUUUCGACGAGCUAGGAAACAAAACAAAAAAAUGGAAUGAAAAAGAUUAAAAAAAUGUAGAAGUUUUGGGUAGAAGAAAGCCCUGAGAAGUGAGAAGUAGUAGUUGUUCUGUUUUUGUAAUUUUAAUAUGCGUUUUGUGUUAUAGCGAGCUGUUUACUCUGUAAAUAAUGAAUAAAUAGUCUCAAAGUUUUGUUGGUUAAUUUAAUUUGUUGUAGGUCUCCAUUCCUCA